AUGACUACCUUGCAAAACCCUGGGAACGUUCGGAAUAUCCAAACUGCCGCCCCGUCAUUAACCGCACAAACUGUCAGUAACGGAACGACGACCCUAACUACUCAUUCCUUAUUAUCAUCCACUCGCGAUCUAAUCGCUCUUCCGUUGCGGGGUCUUUAUCAGGCAGAAGUUUUCGCGUUUUCUACAUUACCUAGACGGAUUGGGAGACUGGUGGGGUUACAAGAGAUGGCUACGUUUUUUAGGGGAGCAUCGACUGGAACAGGGGCAGGAGGCGAUGCAGCGGUUGCCGCAAUGCAGACGGCUGCUGAUGCUACCGGAGAAGGAGUAGCUGAUGCUGUAGCCCAAGCUGAUGCAAGCCAUCAUAUCACAGAUAUAUUCCAGGCAGUGGUACGAUUUAGUGGCUUCUUUUCCUACCUGACGAGUCGGUGGUCCUUAGCCUGCUUCACUGUGGCCCUUAUUUUAAAUAGGAUCACCAUAUACGCAUCCACCAGACGACCACUCCACCUAGACUGGACCAGGCGGUUAGCGUUGAGAAUCGUUCCUAUUCUUCUAUUCCUGUCCCAGAUCAUCUCCUUGCUCCGCGCCAUUCGGUGUCAGACAUCUCCGGAUUAUUCACUUCUCCGCUACGGUACAACCGGGAAACGGCUUUUGUUCGACCAUGCAGGGAGUGGGGGCUUUUUAAAUGCAUUUGGAUCCACACUACUACCGUGGGAGACUGACGAGCAGUCAUGCCUAGCCGUCAACAUGGGCCGCCCUGCUAAUGCAUCUACUAAUUCACACGGAUCAUUUGUUCUCCUGUGGCCAGUAUUUUUGCGGCUCUGUUUGAAUCAUUUUGUGGAAACCCUGUCGUGUGCUUUGCAAGGAAGAGCCGUCGUAACGGAAGCCGGAAUGUCUAUCUUUGAACAUUCACUCGCAUUUGCUGAGGCAGAAUCAACUAUCAGCCAAUCUCUUGGACUGGGCUUAUUUGGCUUGCCCAAGCAGAAUGGGAGCAAGGAAGAUCUCGGUGACAGUAGUCAAUCCGCCCUUCAUCUUCUCAGCAGGACCCAAGUCUUAGAGCGGAUGAAUGUCACUCCGGAAUUACUUUUGAUUGCUCUAAUCUCAUGCUGUAACAGCCUCACCUCGAAUAUUCUGGAUGUCUUUGGAAAGCAAAGCCGGUAUCGUUUUGCUAACACCGCUUUCUGGGGACUUUGCUUUAUGUCGACGAUGGCCUGGGGUUUACUCCCCGGCUCGUCUGUAGGAAGCGACGGUAUGGUACUCAAAUUUCCAACGGUCUGCAUUGUGGGAUUUGUCCCUCAUCUACUUAUUUUACUUGGCAUUGUCGUGUGUGCGAUUAUCUACUCGCUAGCUCUCUUUAUCACGGCCUUUUCACUACCAAGAGACGCUUCUCAGCGAUUGACACUCCGAGAAAGAUUCGCAACAGCACAUGAAAACAUGCAAGGUUCAACGCAGGUACACAACGUUCGUUUCAACCGCCAUGAGGACUUCUACACCACUCUGUUAAGAAUCGGCUAUACCGCCCUGACUGCUGCCAGUGAAGCAGUAUUCUUGAAUGAAGGGAAGGGAGUGGUCGCUCGGAAUAUGACGUGGCUGGAAGAGGACAGGUUAACGGAGAUUGAGUUUUCUCGACAGACGUACCGUUUCGGUCAAACUCGGAACACUCGAGCCCAAGACACACUGUUUGAAACUGAAUCUAUGAAUUUUGACAUAUCCCAUGCACCGUCAGAGUGGGAAAGCGGAUACGGUCGAGAGAAGAAGAUCGAGAAGCCUAGAAAUGGCUCCCGGUCCCUUCGUUCCCACACAGAUCCUGGCGGCGUUGGUGCCUUCCGAGGUGCGCUUCGAUGCUAUCAUGGGUUCUCAUUCUUCCGAGCAAUAUUUUAUCUCAUUCUUAGAUGGACUGCUCACGGCUUAGACAAACUGCUCGGUAAGUUGGGGAUCGCAGCGCGGCCGCAGUGGCUGAAGAAGAUUGUCGGGCCUCGUAGAAAAAAUACACAGGAAAAGAGGAGCGGCAGCACUACGGAAUCUUUAGAUUUCUGGAUUUUGACUGAUAAUGACGAGCUGGAAUUGCCGGAUAACCACGAGUUCGAUGUGGAGAAGGAGAUGCGUAAACGGGAACGUUCGAACACAAUCAACUGGGCACAGGAUGAUGAAAGACGGCUUGACGAGAAACUCUAUAGUUGGUGGAAGGCUGGUGGCUCAUGGGGAAAUCAAGAUCAUAGUGCGGACUAUGUUCCUUCAAUUAGAGAUAUGGACGACACGACCAGUGUUAUAUCAACGUCUACAAACGACUCAGUAUGGGAGGAUGAAUCCGAUGGUCGUCGCACGCCCACGUUGGCCAACCCGUUCCCGGCAGGAUUUUCCCGGGAAAGUUCGCCAGCUCAAGAAUCACUCAUGGACGUUGGCUCUUUUACACGCCUCCUUGACCCUCGGGACCAGGAAAGCAGGGAAGAGGCGCGGAUUCUGGCUGCCCACCUGUCAGCCGGGCAAGAAGGCCGCAUUUUGACCCGUCGCCAGUUUCAACAGCAAGUUGAACGCGAGCGAGCACAGAUCCUGCUAUCCUCGAAACUACCCCAGCUUAGAGCAGGGGCACAGAGCGAUGGGAAGCGUAGGCCAACCAUCGAAGACGAGAGUGAAAUCUUAGAAAAGCUCAUCCUUUCGCGGCGCUCCCAAGCGUCGCCUUCUAACGGGCAGACAUGGGAGUCUGGGGCAUCAGGACUUGGGCCCAGCGGACCUCCAAAACAUACUACGUGUAAGGACAUGUCGUCAAAUAGCCUUACCACCAACAGAGAUACGCAGAAUCUGCAGAUGAAUGAUUCUAGCGCUCGUCCAUCUGCUGCAACCAGUCAGUCGGCCACAGUCCCCCGCGCUGUGAACAACUACAAUGCCAGCGUCGGCGAUGACACUGUCUACACUUUCCGGAUUGUCAAUGUAAACGGUGAUCUCCAGCUUGUGCGCACUGAUAAUGCAAAUCACGACUCAGAGAACUCUGACGCAGAGGUCGAGCACAUUGAAGACAUUGCUGUUGGUGAAAUGAUCGAAAUCGAUCCCCGCGCCAAUGGAAUCGACCUCAACUUCUCUGAUGUCUUUGCUACUGACCAUGAUAAUCGCACUGCUGGGACGAGAAGCACUGAGCUCACAAAUGGUAACAACACCAAUCAUCCUGGUGAUUCUCAAGAUGGGGCUCCUACUACUACUCACCAGAACACCCCCACCAUUGCAAUGGACAACACCCAGCUCGCCAAUACUGCUACUCCCAGCAACGGCAUUGUAAACGGACAUAGUCCCACCGUGGCUAUCGAUAUCGGAAACAAGGAAGAAAUUGAGCAGAACGGCAUCGAUCCAGCCAGCACACCAACUGCCAGUCUCAGGGCUCAUCACCGCGCCGUGCACCCGAUUGACCAUACCGCCACUGGCCGCCGCGCAGCGAGAAUAAACAGUCCAUUUGGUCUGUUCGAUGACUUUGACCUGGAACUGUUUUUUCUUGUUGAUUCGGAAUAUGAUGCAGAUGAGUCGGACUGCUCUACCGAGUUCGAGGCCGGGUCUUUCUGGGAGUUUGGUCUCAAUAGUAGUGACGAGGAAGAAGAUGAUGGCGAGGAUGAUGUUGGAGGAGAAGGAGGAGAUAAUAGUGAUGACGACAACCAGGGAACAGCAAUAGAAGCUGGCAUUUAA